AUGGAGUCAUUAGACGUGUGUGCCGAAAUAGAGAACGAUGAUUUUUACAGUCAAUUUCUUCUGGAACCGAUAAAAGUGGUAACCGGUGAUAAUGUAUCAGUGACGGAGCAAGUUACUAAACUUACGGAUGGUAUCAACAAGCUAACAAAAAGCCUUGAGUGUCAAGUUUUAGCUAAGCACAAUGAUUUAUUAACUCAGGCUAGCCACAUAUCCGAUUUAGAAAAUAUGCUAGAAGCAGUAAGAGUCCAAGAGGAAAGUCUUUUACGUGGCACUGAAGGUUUGGCGGAUGGUGUUUACGCGUCAUACGAAUCCCUCGAAAAUCAAACAAUAAUGUUAGAAAGGGUUCAAAUCACAUGUAAUUUACUCCGACACGCUUCAAAAAUUCUGGUUUUAUGGAACAAACUGUGUUCUAUAAACGACAAUCCUGCGAAGGAAGCUAUGCUGUUGUAUGAAUUAAAUGAGCUAUUUAAUGACUAUGAUUUUGAAGGCAUCAACCUUCUCGAUGAUGUUUUGAAACAAGUACGAGAUCGGAGGACUGAACUACUAAACAAUUCCACAGAACUGUUACAAAGCAGCCUCUUGAGCGGAGAUAAAACUAAAUUGCUCCAGUGUUUCAAAGUAUUUCACAACUUGCAAUGUACCGGAGAACAGAUCAACAAUACAGUGAACAGUAUACUUAAAUGUCUACAGAGAGAAAUACACAAUGCUCUCGAUAUUCAAAUGGUAUCUAUAGAAGUAAAAAAAUCUAGUUCUGGACGCAUAGCUCCUGGUAAAGCUAAUAUUAUGAGUGCUCAGGAUUUCAAAAUCAAACUUUGGGAUAACAUUGAGAAACUUUUCAAAGUUGAAAUAUAUAAUAGUUGUUUAAAGGCAGUAAUGCUGCAGACCGCUGUGACUGAACUACACGCUAUUGGUAACUUUAGGAACAUUGCAAAGAAUUUCUGGAAUGAGCUCUGUUUACUAUUUAGUACUGAGUUGGAAAAGAGCCCAUCUAAUGUUAGCCAAUCGAUCGAAAUAGAUUAUGCUAAGUUAUUGAAAUGUUUCAAUGAUCUUCUAUCAAAACUCAAAUGCAAGAAUUUGGAAAUGAACCGUUCCUAUUUUACUAAAUGGGAGAACUCAUUUCUUUCAAAAUCAUUAGCUAAACUACUAGAUCCAGUUAGAAGCAUGUGGCAUCUGAACCAAGUUCCUAACAUGGAUCAAAUCGACAAUGCAAUAAGAGUUAUUGCUGAAGCUCUGAGCAUUUCCUUAGGUGAUAAGCAACUGAGCAUCAGUUUAGCAAACAGUGUAGCUAAGAGUAUUAAACAGAUGCACAUGGAAACCGAACAGCGUCUCUCAAUGGAUAAUGAUGUAUCACAAAUUAUUGAACCACCUACAAGCUCUCAACAAAAAAAUGCCGACCUAUGCAAUGCCUUAUAUUAUUUUACAUCACAAAUAAAGAGAGUUCUUGUAAACUUGAAUUCUCUCCUGCCACAAGAGAGUGUGCAAAUUGUUCAAAGCAGUUUGAAAGAUAUAUCUAGCCUGCCAAUACUUCAGUUAUUUUCUGAAUCUAUUAAAAACUCCCUAUUCAUUAUCUUAUUGACGAUGCACAAUGAACAGGACUUUGUCAAAAAUGAGGAUCCAAAUAACAAAACACUAUCUUGUUCUCCAUACAUGAAGGAGUUACAGCAAUUUGUCUCACGUUGCAAAGAUAUAUACUUGUCAAUGUUUCAAGACAAAUCUGCUCUCAAUGAAUGCAAUGUUACGAUUUCAAAAGCCUGUAUUGAGAGGUUUAUACAUCAUGUCUGUAAUGUACGGCCGUUGACGGUUUACGGUAGAGCCAAACUGCAAGUAGACUGUAAACAUUUGGAGAUAUCACUAUCACCAUUGAUAAAUGAUGUAAUUGAUUUAGGUGAUAAUUAUCGUCAACUAAAAGCAUUGCAAUUGCUAUUAGAAAAAUCACCACACGAGAUUGCUAAAAGCCAGUAUGAGGGUGCAUCUUUGCCAUACUCAUUGGUUAUGAUGUUUUUGUUUUCACACGCAGGACAACAAUUACUAGCGCCUCAUGUUUGCGCAGGAUGGAAUAUUCAAAAACUAAUGCAGUGGUUAGACACACACAAGAACGAAAGGGAGAGACUAGAAUUUGUAGCUGGUGCUUUACAAAGAUAUCAAAAUCAUGUCAGACAGAAUCAGAUUGCUACCUAUGAUGAAGUAUACCCUCUCCUAUUACAGCUAUUAGAAGAUGGAAGAAAGACAUUAAAAUAA